GCAAAACAGGAUACACCAAUUUACCGGCGGCGGGUCUCCACAGCAACGUCGCACGGUGUAGUGACGCCAACCAGGCGGAUGGCAAGUAGGCGUAGCUCCUUCCCAGGUCCGCGUGGGCGGCCCCGUGUGGUAGGGAGAGCGAAACACGACACCCCUAGAGAGGAAGGGGGGUAGAGAAUACGGAGUGAGUGGAAAAUGAAAAGUCUGUAGAAAGAGAAAGAAAAAAAAACGUGGUUCCAUACUAUUCAGAUUGAGAUUUUUUCUUGCGUUGUUUUGACUGCUGGAAUGAUGAUGUGGAAGAUUCGACCAUGCAACAUUGUAACGCGGUUAAACUGAGGAGCUAAAUAAUUAGAACCGAGUGUUACAAGGCAUUCCCCCGCUAUCGGCACGACGGACAUAAAAGUUCAACGCCAUUCAGAGCUCACGAUUGGAUUUAUACAAAGCUAGAACACCAUUCGUCUCAACGAUUUGUGAAAAAGAACAAAAAAAUAAAACUUGGAGCUCAAAAGUAACUAGGGAACAGUAGGGGCCAGGGGUUUAGAGCGCUUGAGAACAGAGGGAUUUAGGCUAAGCUUAGAAACGGAAAAGUUUUAAAGCUAACGAGGAAUUUUGCAACAUAUCAAGAAGAACAACGAAGUCUGGGUGUCGUAUACCAAGCGAGCUAGAAACCAAACGGGAAACUGUCUGAAUUGACCAGAGUCACCAUGAAAACCCCGGGGGAUACGGGGUUCGCCUUCCCCGACUGGGCCUACAAGCCCGAGUCGAGCCCCGGCUCGCGACAGAUCCAGCUGUGGUGCUUCAUCCUGGAGCUGCUGCGGAAGGAGGAGUACCAUGAAGUCAUCGCCUGGCAGGGCGACUACGGAGAGUUUGUCAUCAAGGACCCCGAAGAGGUGGCCCGACUGUGGGGCGCCCGCAAGUGCAAACCUCAGAUGAACUACGACAAGCUGAGCAGGGCGCUUCGAUAUUACUACAACAAGAGAAUCCUCCACAAGACCAAAGGGAAGAGGUUCACCUACAAGUUCAACUUCAACAAGCUGGUGCUGGUCAACUACCCCUUCAUCGACAUGGGCUCUGGUAGGGGAGUCCCCCAGAGCGCCCCUCCCGUGCCGACUGGGGGCAGCCACUUCCGCUUUCCCCCCUCCACCCCAUCCGAUGUGCUCUCCCCCAGUGAGGACCUGCGCAGCCCGGGCAUGUUCAGCAGCGUGGCCCGCCGCCUGGGCCGCGGCUCUGUCUCCGACUGCAGCGACGGCACCUCCACCAACUCUGAACUGGAGGAAGGCGUGGGGGGUGAAGAUCGUGGCGGCACGGGUCCUGAACGGGCAUUCCGCGGCCUCCUCCACCCCCGCCUCUCCCACGACUCGCUGUUUCGCGCCUACGGAGGCCCUGGUGGGCUAGGCCGCCCCCCGCCCGGCCACAGGGUCCACGGUGACCCCAUGUCCCCGUUCCCUGUGUCCCCCCUGCCGGGCCCUGGGGGCCUCCUGGGCCCCACCCUGUCUCCGGCCCUUUCCAUGACCCCUGGCUCCCACCUGCCCUACACCCCGUCCCCCUCCCUCAGCCCCAUGCUGGGCUCCCACUUCUCCUUUAACCCGGACGACAUGAAGCGCUACCUGCAGGCCCACCACCAGAGUGUCUACAACUACCACCUCAGCCCCAGAGCCUUCUUCCACUACCCCAACAUCGUGGUCCCCCAGCCCCACAGGCCCUCUGCCGCCCCUGACAAGCCCAUGACAGCCCACCACCAUGCCCCGCCCAUGCCCCACUCCCAUUCGUUGCACCACCACCAAGGGGAGGAGCAGCACCCCUCGCCCUUCAAGUUCAAGCUGCAGCCGCCUCCGCUGGGGCGUAAACAGAAGGACGGCUCCACCUCCUCUACCGGGGGCUCCUCAUCUAGCUUAGGCUCCUCCUACGCUGCCUCAGGGCUACUCUCUAACUCCUCCUCCUCAGUGGGCCCAAAAAUCAAGGUGGAGCCCGUCUCCGACGUUGAGUCCGAUGAGGAGGUGGAGGUGACCGACAUCAGCGAGGAGGACGAGCUGCUUGAUGAUGACGAGGGAGACGUCUUCACCCCCCCUCAUCCCACCAACGGAACCACCCCUACGGCCAUCACCAACGGCAACCUGGGCGCCAUCGUCGAGGACGACCUGGACGAGGACGUGUUCAAGACCCCCGCCGCCCCUCCCAUGGGCCCUCUAACCCCCUCCCUGUUGGCCCUGAAGCGCGAGCCGGGCCAAGGCCCUCCCAUCAGCCCUGGCGGGACCCUCUGCAUCCCCCUGAAGCUGCGCUUCAAACGCCGCUGGAGCGAGGACCAGAAGAUGGAGGCCGAUGGCGAGCGCGACGAGGCCGAGGACAAGAAAGUGCGGGCAGAGAAACAGGUGGAGCCAGCGAAUGGGGAGGGGCCAAGGAGAAGCCUGUCCCUGAGUCUGCGCGCUCCUCCCCCUCCGGCCCAGCGCAGGGCCAGCUCCGAGUUGCAGAGAGCCACAGCCCAGCUGUCUCUGGAGAGCCAUGGAGCUUGCUGAGGCAGGGAUACGCACAAACCGUGGACACGCAUACACACAAUCACAUGCCCGUACCUACAUACACAUUCACUCAUAUAACCAAGCAUGCACAUAGAAACAAGUGCCUGGGCAAAAAGCCUUUUUACUCCCAUUUGCAACACAUUAAACCCAGAACAUUAACAAACAGCUCAGCAUGCUGUGACUGAGACACUAAGGGAUGGUCAUAGACACAAAUUAAUACUGACACCCCCUCUAAACGAAAGACCCCCUGGGCCUAUCCCUUAGACCUGUACACUGCCUUUAGGUGCCUCCCAUCUCGCCUCAACAUCUCCCAGUAACACCCAUAGCUCCUUUGCCUUUCAGAGAUGCAUCAACACAGAUGGGAAAGAAUCCCCCCCCCCACCCCUUAUCUUCAACAGACUUGAAAAGAGAUUACAGAAGUGCCUGUCUUCACGUACAAUGGUUUACAAAGCAAAGGAAAGCGAGGGGCCUCGUACCAACUCUUGUCAACUAUUCCAUCACCUUUGACUGGGAAGGGAGCUCAGGAGUCAUAACGAAGAGACUUCCCUGUCCAUAUCUGUCUAAUCACAGGGACUGACUUAGAGACUUAGGACUGAAUUUGUGUCUGAGUCAGCGCUCUCUCUUUGACCAUCGUCCCCCACCGACUUGAACGUAGGGACAAAAAACGAAAUGGCGUGCAUCCAAGCCUUAAUGGACAGCUCGUGUACUGGGCAGGGUCCAAAAAGGGGAGCAGCAAAAACCCUUCAAGUUGGGGCCCUACAUGUUAGGGGCCAUUAAUGUGGGGACCCUACAUGACUUUUGCACAAUCUUAUAAGGAGAGUGAAACGAGGAGAUUGGUAAUUUGUCUGCUUGGAAUGGUGUUGAAAGAGUAUCUUAGAGGUCUCCUCCGUUCCCCUGGUUUGAGCUGCUUCUUUCUCCCAUAGAGAGCGCCUGAAAAAAGGACAGUAUUUGGGAAGACGCACGGAGGGUUAGAAGUACCUCUGUAUAUACAAUGUUCUUGAACUGAAACAAAUAUUUUUUUUUCUUCUCACUCCCCAAAAAAGUAUACCGUGAAAUGAAUGCGAGUACCUAGGUGAGCUCCUGCAAAGCCUUUUAGUGACUUUUUAAAUUCCUUUUUAUUUUCUGUAUUUUACAAAUACGCAGCUCAUUUUUUUUGAACAAACAAGACAAAUUGAGAUUGUGCUUUUUUUUUAAGCUGACAGGCGACUGACUAUACAUGAAUUACCCUGGCCAAAUAAUGUACACACACACACACACUAUAGAAGCCUCAAGCAUACCGUACUGAAAUUUGUUGGUGUGGGCACAGACCUUAUACACUGACUGCCACUUUGCCUUUUUUUAUACCAAGAAACAGAAUCUGAAUGACUAAAACCAAUACUACACAUAUUUUAUUUGAAUAUAUUAAAUACAAAUGUUAUAAUUCAAAAAAGUAUAAUUUGAUAUGAAUCAGGAAAUGCUAUUUUUAAUGAUAACUCUGUCGGGCAUAUAUAUAUAAAUAUAUGAGGGAGCCUCUUCUCACCUUGCCUCUCUCGACAGUGGAGCUGAAUUGGAAAGGGAUCAUGUGCAAGAGGAAUCGGAACACAUUUAAUAUUUAUAAUGUAAAAACAAGUGUUCUGUUUGGGGGGGCUUGAAGAUUGGUGGGUGAAAAGCGACCAGUAAAUGAACAAAUAAUGGAGAAAUGUUGCAUCGUGGAAACUUUUUAAGAUUUUGGGGUCACCUUUUCUGGCCAUCACUAAAGAACAGACAUGCUUGACUUGUCCCCCCCCCCGAACCCCAACUUUACGACCAGGAUCCCACCCCCUCUCAGCAACCCAAACUCUCCUGGAAACACAAGGACAGGGCACCUUUGUUGUCUAUUGAACCCACCGUUUGUCUGGAUUUGGCCUUUGUCUUGGACCAUGAACUAUACUAGGAGAAUGCAUCAGUAACACUCCGCCACCUGAAUAUGUACAUGUUUGAGGUAGACCUGGUCUGCUGAGAGGUCUGUAUUGUGGGUUAACCUAGAGUAAAAGGAAGGUGACAUCACUAGCGACAUGAUCCCCCACCCCCGUACUAGUCUCUCUGGCUUGGAAGACUCUUAACCAAAGAAACAACCCUCGCCCAUGCAGGAUAUGACAUCACAAAACCUCAGAGAGGGACUUCCCGUAAUCUGAGAAGACGCUCUGCGGGUGCCGUCUAGGUCCCUCCAGCCUUUGUAACUCAACAAGAGCCGGGCCCAAAAAAAAAGACUCUCUCAAGAGUUUGUUCAUAGCACUAGUAUGGUGUACGUGGGUGUCUGUAUGCAGAUGUUGGUGUUGCCGUAGCCACCCAGUACCUCUUUUGUCCUGCCUUGCAUUGUAACUGACAGCUGCCUUGUUGCUUCAAAAGAAAAUCAUCUAAAAAUGUUCCCACUUUUCCCUCUCGUCGUUGCUGUUUAUUAUUUGUCCCAAAUGAUUAUUUACUGUCAUUGUUAUUAUUAACAUUAUUUACUAUUUGAUUAUUUUGUACCCCUCUGGGCCUACCUCUUUUCCAUGGCUAUUUGAAUCCCUCGUGUUUUGUAUUUUAUAUUUUCAGUAUGUAUUUUCCAGACAACGACAACUCCUCCAUCUUACUAUUAGCUGAACUAAAAUAGUAGUUUUAACUUCAACUGAGCUAGUUGCAUUUGUAAUUAUGGACACAUGGAAAAGAGGAGCUCACAUAAUCCUAUCACAUUACCUUUGUUUUGAAAUAUCUUUUUGGGUCUUUGUGUAUAUAGAUAUUUUUUUUUUUUUUUUGGGGGGGGGGGGGGGGGGGGUCGGUAAGAAAUACAUUCUAUUGUUUUGACAUUGUAUUAUUUGAAUGGUGUCGUUAUCCCUCUUCUUUCACUCUCCUUUCACUCUUUCACUCUUCUUUCACUCUCCUUUCACUCUUCUUUCGCUCUCUCCUUUCAUUAUUUUCUUUCACUCCUUUCAGUGGUUACUGAACACUCAGAGAGGACUCCAUACCAUGAGGCAACAUGUAUUCCUUCUGUUUCUCUUGUAUUUUCCCCCCUCAUUUGUAAUUAAAUUGUAAUCGGGGUUAAUUAAAACAGGUAAAAAAUG